AUGGCCACGGUCGAGUCGAUCCUCAAGCAAACCGGAGAACCGGACGAGGCAACGCAUCUCAUCCGACAACAAGUUACCUCCUUGCUGAUGGCGCACAAGUCACGUGCUAUUAUUACCAAAGAGAAGCAGAACGCUCUCAAGGCACUCAGGAAUGACACCAGCAUUGUAAUACUACCGGCAGACAAAGGACGUUCCACGGUAGUGCUGGAUAAGACUGACUAUGUCCUGAAGACUUUCUUUACCUUCGAAGGGAGGGUGCACUAACAGACCAAGGGACGCCGAUGAGAUCACCGCUUUCAGGCUUCAUCGCAGAUGCAGUCCUCCAAAAGGUAAAAAAACGAAGUUUUCGAGACCUACAGGCCAAAAUUUUGGACCCCAUAUGUCGAUGAUACCUUUGUCACCAUCAUCAAACAUUUCACAAUGUACUGAAUUCAGUGUCGUCUGAUAUUCAGUUCACGAUGGAGGCCGAAAGCAACGACGAACUACCGUCCCUCGACGUACUACUUCACUUCUCUGGCAGGUGAGAAAACGGACUGUCGCAGUAAAAUAAACGGACCCCACGAAGGUGCCAGCGUUCACUCGUUCUUCUUCUUCUUUUUCUUCUUCUUCUUCCUAUACUCAAUUAUGUCCGGGGACGCGCAUCUUCGCUUCUAUUAGCAAUUUUUUUGGAAAAUCUUCACCCUUUGUGUGUCUUCUACCUACGCGCAAAUACAAUUCCUCCACAGAUGCCCUGACAAGCAUGUGCUUCCGAGGAGCCUGUCCUACAAACCACCGGUGAACACAAGUCUGGCGAAACGGUUGGUGGCUGCACAUGACAGACGAUCGCACAAAGAGCAAGUAUUAACAUAAUAAGAGGCAACAGAGACUUCUCUGACCCCGCUCAAAGGGACUCCAACGUACAGACUGUCUAAGUGGCUGUUCCGGCGUCUCAAAUUCCUGACUGCUGGGUCAGACACCACGAUCUCUUCGUCAGCAUAAUUCCUGGAGAAACUCAAUGAGGUAAGCCUCCAUCCAAAUGAGGUCAUGGUACCUUUUGAUGUUACAUUCCUUUUUACUUUUAUUCCCCAGGACCUGGCGAUCGAGACAAUCCAGCUGCUUCUUCAAAGCAAAUGCGAUAAAACGGUGGUUCGUCUUGGACACGCCCAAAUCCUUCACCUCCUGAAGCUCUGUCUCAGGACGUACUUCACGUUCGACGGAACAAUCUACGAACAGGUGAAGGGCAAACCAAUGGGUUCGCCAAUUCCAGGAUUCAUCAACGAGACGGUUCUACAAUGGUUAGAGUCGCUUAUCUUCCAACACCACAAAACCGAAGUUCUGGGCCCCGUAUGUGGAUAA